GAAGAGUCUCUUUGAGAGUGACUUUAGGUGAUACACUUCAUCAAAGGAACAUUACGCUAAGGGACAAACCAAGCCCUAUACAGUGAAGUCAUCAUGUCCUCUCGUCUAAUCACAAUACUUUCAUCCAGCGUGGAACCUAUGAUCAACUACAACGGGGGACGGACCCAUGGCGCUCCCGCUUCCCUGCGUCCCAAACAUCUCCUGGAGGAGGACAGGGAGUCAGGCCUUGGGUCCACUCUGGACCUCAUCAGCAGCUUGGAGGGGUACAGCCAGGAGGAUGAACCAACCUCUCCCACCUCCUCCCCCAAACCAAGGGAAGGGAACAGUCCCCCCAAAGAGCAAGCAGCCACCGCAGAACCUGACAUGGAGCUCAGUCCCAACAGAGUCAGAGAACUCUUCAUCAACUGCUCCAAGAUCCCUCUCCUCCUCCUCCUCCUCUUCUUCUUUGUCUGUUCAUUAGACACACUGAGUUCAGCGUUCCAGCUGGCUGGGGGUAAGGUAGCAGGGGACAUCUUCAAAGACAAUGCAGUGCUGUCUAACCCAGUAGCAGGGCUGGUGGUGGGGAUACUGGUCACUGUAUUGGUCCAGAGCUCCUCCACAUCCACCUCCAUCAUCGUCAGCCUCGUCUCCUCAGGAUUGCUGGAGGUCCGGUCUGCCGUUCCUAUCAUCAUGGGGACCAACAUUGGGACAUCGGUUACCAACACCAUUGUAGCCAUGAUGCAGGCAGGGGAGAGAAAUGACUUCAAACGUGCGUUUGCUGGGGCUACCAUCCAUGACUGUUUCAACUGGCUGUCUGUGCUGGUGCUGCUGCCGAUGGAGGUGGCUACAGGGCUGAUGACCCACCUGGCCCACAUCGUAGUCACCAGCUUCAACAUUCAGACUGGAGAGGACGCCCCUGAGCUACUGAAGGUCAUCACUGAACCAGUCACUAAACUCAUCAUACAGUUGGAUAAGCAGGUGAUCACCGGCAUCGCCAUGGGAGAUGAGAGGAUGAGGAACAGGAGCCUAGUGAAGAAGUGGUGCCACACCGGUCUAGUUACGUCCUCUAUGAAUAUCAGCAUCCCUGGUUCUGACAACUGUAGCUCCGCCCACCUCUGCUUGCAGGAAGGUGACAUCACCUGGACCACUCAGAAUCUCCCCUCCGAGGUUAACAUCCAGAAAUGUAGGCAUCUGUUUGCUGAUGCCCAUCUGUCAGACCUGACGGUGGGGCUGAUCCUCCUGGCCGGCUCCCUGGCCCUGCUCUGCACCUGCCUAGUGCUCCUGGUCAAGCUGCUCAACUCGCUCCUCCAAGGUCAAGUGGCAAAGGUCAUCCAAAAGGUCAUCAACACAGACUUGCCGUAUCCGUUUGGCUGGCUGGCGGGCUACCUGGCCAUGUUUGUGGGAGCAGGGAUGACCUUUGUAGUGCAGAGCAGCUCUGUGUUCACCUCUGCCCUGACACCACUUAUAGGUAUUGGUGUGAUCAGUCUGGAGAGGGCCUAUCCACUGACUCUGGGCUCUAACAUCGGCACCACAACCACAGCCCUGCUGGCAGCCCUGGCCAGCCCUGGGGACAAACUGGCUGCUGCCAUACAGAUUGCUCUGUGUCACUUCUUCUUCAACAUCCUGGGAAUCCUGCUGUGGUACCCCAUCCCUGUGACACGUGUCCCUAUCCGCAUGGCUCGUGCCCUGGGUGAACGCACCGCCAAGUACCGCUGGUUCGCUGUCCUCUACCUCCUCGUUUGUUUCCUGCUUCUCCCGUCCCUGGUCCUAGGCCUCUCAUUGGCUGGCUGGAGAGUGAUGGUGGGAGUGGGCGCACCAUUUGUGGGUGUGACUGUUUUCAUUGCCUUGGUGAACCUGAUGCAGGCUCACAGCCCCGGCCACCUGCCCGCCCGUCUCCAGAGCUGGGACUUCCUGCCUCGCUGGAUGCGCUCCCUAAAACCCCUUGACAGGGUCAUCACCAAGGCAACUGGCUGCUGCAGCACUGGCCAAGCAACCGGAGACGACCAGGCGGCGCCCAUUAACGCGGUAACGGCCCAUGUUGACCCCAAGAUUGCAUCCGCCCAGAGGAAGGCUGACCUGGCGUAUGAUCACCCCGUCUUUGAGUUCCUGGAUGAGACGAAGCCAGGUGUACCUGUGUUUAAACUGAAGGGUCUGGAGAGGUGUAACAGCACACCCCUCUAAAGGAGAUGGGUCUUGGUCUGACAUGGGAAGGGUUGGUUUAAUAUUUUCUAUUUAAUCUCAGGAGUGCACUGCUCUGGGCCUCAAAGGCCAUAGAGUGUUCUGGUCCUUGGUUUAUAAUCUAUGAUUGAUUUCUGCCAGCUGUGCAGUCUCUCUAUAGCCAAUCAAUGACACAAAUUGAUAAAUGAAGUGCCUGGGAGAUUACUGUACAGUAUAAAGCCCAGAAGGAGAUCUUAUAGUUCUUGAGGACUGGAGUUGUUCACCCUCUUCUGUGAAUAUGUUUUAUUAUCAUAGUGAACCAGACUGGAUCCAGUAAUCCAGUAAAAAUGGGACCAGCUAUGCUAGUUAACAUUGGUGCUGGUCCAAUGAAUUUGUUUAUUUUCGAACUCUGUCACAUGGAAUUAUUAUAUUGUCCUAACCAGUAUAUUUUCGACCUAGCCAGUAUCUAGUUCCCUAAGUGGGGUUGGGAUGGAUAAGCACUCCAAGACAUCCCAGUGGAAUCAACGAGGGCUCACUUCACAGAUAAUCUAAACCAGAUGGGCGUACAUGAGAUGAAUGUGUACUGUGUGGGUUAGAAUAUUCAUCGUAGGUGUGUUUUUAUAAGUCUGUGUAAAUGUGUCUGUUUGUGGGUUUGCUUAUGUGUUCGUCACACACGCGUGCACCUACUCUAGCAAAUGUAGCAUCACAGAAGUCAGUUGAUUAUGCAGAAGAAGAUCAGGCUUCAAGCCCCUUGAUGAUGCUGUUCCCUGUAGGGAAGAAAUACUUUACUUGCACUUUGGGAACAGAAUGAACUGUUCAGAUUAACAGGGUCUCUCUUUGCUCCAUGAACAAAACAGAGUGCAGAGUGUGCAAUGAUAUGAAACACUGAAAGGAACGUGUUUGUCAGACAAGGGUGGAAAAAAUAUUGAGAAGAAAUUCCAAGAUACUAAUAAAGUGCUUGCUACUGUAUAAUACAGCUCUCUGUAUAUGCCAUUGAUCGUUUCCUUGACAAGUGUCUAUCUAAUGAUAUAGCCACAUUUAUAUAAAACAAUGAUAUCUUGUCAAACAUUGUGUACAUACAUUUGAUUGACAUAUCGGUAGCCAGUCCCUUCAAAUAAAAAAAGCAACCAUAAGCAACAAAAA